AUGACUUACCCCGAAACCACCGAUGCGUUUACCGUCACCUCUAUCAAUCAGUGGAGCCAUUUCACACGCCAGGCUAGGUUUGAGGAAGACGAUAUCGAUAUUGCCGUUGAUGCUUGCGGCGUGUGCGCUUCUGAUGUCCACACCAUCACUGGCGGGUGGAACGAGGAUAUCCCGCUACCGCUCUGUGUGGGUCAUGAGACCAUUGGGAAGGUAGUCAGGAUCGGUUCCAAAGUCAUGGAUAAAGACAUCAAAAUUGGUGAUCGAGUCGGCGUUGGGGCCCAAGUGGGUGCUGAUCUCGCCUGCGGAACCUGCUUGAGUGGCCAUGAAAAUUACUGCCCGAACCAACUGGAUGCGUACGGGUCUAAGCAUCCCGAUGGAACCGUCACUCAAGGUGGCUUCUCCAGCCAUGUGCGAGUGCACAAUCACUUCGUUUUCAGGAUUCCAGAAAAGCUGGAAACAAAGCUCGCAGCGCCAUUGUUAUGUGCGGGGCUCACGACUUAUAGUCCUCUUAAAAGACUAGGUGCUGGGCCUGGGAAGAAGAUUGCUAUAUGUGGACUUGGAGGCCUGGGUCAUCUGGCUGUUCUCUGGUCGGUGGCUCUAGGUGCAGAAUGCUACGUUCUUUCCCACUCCUCGCGGAAAAGUGACGAUGCGCGUCUGCUUGGCGCCAAAGGGUUCAUCGAUACUAGUAACUCAGACUGGAGUUUACCUUGGAAGUCGAAGUUUGACCUUAUUCUGAGCUGUACUGGCGCUGUCGACCGUUUUCAUUUGCCUGAUUACUUCUCUACACUGACAACUUUUGGAAUUUUCCACAUGGUUGGCCUACCGGACAAUCCGCUUCUACCGCUUGAGACCCAAGCUUUUGUGCCAAACGCAUGUUCACUGAGCGCCUCAAACAUAGGAAAUCGUACGGAAAUGAUUGAAAUGCUAAGCCUCGCUGUAAGAGCUAAUAUACGGCCUUGGGUAGAGACCAUAGAUAUCAGUGAGGACGGAUGCAAGGAGGCUGUCGAAAGGGUGCACAGUGGCGAUGUGAAGUUCCGCUUCACAUUAGUUGGCUAUGACGCAGUGUUCGGCCAGAGGAUAUAGGGACCAGCAGUCCUUAAUUGCGCUUAUAUGGAGCAGCAUAAGUUGUUCGUCGGUACAAAACAAUUUUCAAGUCGAUGCC